AUAUAUGAGUGUGAGUCCCAGGCUGGGCCGGUGACCGGCUGCUCUCAGGAGCUGUACUGUCGCAGCUGAGAAAAAAGGGACUUGUGACUCAAUUAUUAAGGAGGAAAUAACGCCCCAAAAAAGGAUUGAAGGAAUAUGCCACCGUGCCCAGGGCAGAAGAAGAAGUUCAUGCACCACCCAGGCCGUCAAACAACAUAUAAAACCAUCGUAGAAGUCUGAAAUACCAGUUUCUUAACAUUCUUUUGUACUGAGUACAUCUCAUGCAGCAAGAUGGUGGACUUGGGUGGGGGAACAAGAGAACGUUUCCAAGACUUUGACACAGCAGACCCAGAGGAUGUGUUACCUCCUGUGUCAACAGUGAGCUACUACCACCCUCACCAUGCAUCUCGAACCUCUUCGUGGCGGCACUCACUUCAGGAGCAGGAUGUUGGCAAUAGAUCAAAUUUCUUGGAAUCAAUGCAUCAUGAUCUAGUUCAAAUCAAGAAUGACCCUGAAAAUCUCUCACGAAUAUGCAACAGCACCAGCUCCAUGCCAUUUGUUGAAGGGUCUGCUGAUUCAUUUCUAGAAGCUGCAGAGGAUGUCAAAGCAAAAGGGCAGCUAUUUCAAGAGAUUACACAAGCUGCUGAAACAUUUGAGCCUUACAGUUCAUCGCCUUCUAGUGGAUGUUAUCGAAAUUAUGUUCUUCCUCCUGAACCAUCAUGUCAUGCAGAGUAUAUUUUUUCAGACACAUCACAGUGGUCAUGGAAUCGCAGCCCAGCUGAUGACAGAGGCCUUGCAGUUUCUUCUGGAGGCAAUCUUCUUGUGGAGUCUGGCCAGUCAAAUGAAACUGUGAUUGCCUCCCUCCAGUAUACAGUUCCAUCUCAUCUUAUUCCUGAUACCUUCUCUUCCUGCUUGCCCUCCCUAUCUCUAACGCAGCCGCCAACAUCUGUCCCAUCUUGUUCAUCUAUGCAGCAGACAUCUCCAUCGACAUUAACAUCAUCAGUGCUGGAUCUUUCACCUGGUCCACCUCCCACAGCUCACCAGUUGCCGCCAUUACAAUCAUCCAUUGUGACUCAGGCAUCCACCCAUGUUGUUGCUGUUUCUUCUCCUCCAUCGGCUCACCAGCUGCCCCCUUUGCAACCUUCCUUUCUUUCAUUGGAUAUGGCUCCACAGGCUUUGUCAACACAUCAUGCAUUAGAUGAUGCCCUUGAUCUGGUUGCUGUUGAAAAUCAUGAGAAGGCACCAGAAUAUGAACCAAGACACGAGUGCAGACAUUGUGGUGCCUUGUUUUCCAGACUGCCUUAUCUCAAGUACCACAUAAAGGCUCAUUUGGAUGAAAUGGCAGGUUCUUGUGCCAAGCAAGAGGAUGAAACUCAAGCCCUUGAACUACAUGAUCCAAAGCCCACACAUGUACUUCAGACUGCUGAGAAACCUAAGCAAGAGGAUAAAGCUCUACCCCUUGAACUAAAUGAACUGAAGCCCAAAAGAGUACUGCAGACCACUGAGAAACAUUUUACAUGUAAACACUGUAAUGAGACAUUUUCACAAGCAGAAAAACUAAAGGUACACGAGUUGAAUCAUUCCGGAGAGCGGCCAUUUAAGUGCAGUGAGUGUAGCACAGCCUUCUCUGCUAAAGCCAUGCUUAUAAGACAUAUGAAGGUUCAUACUGGAGAAAAGCCAUAUAGUUGUGAUGAGUGCAAGACUUGCUUUACAGAGGCUGGCAGCUUGAAGGUACACAAACGACUGCAUAGUGGUGAGAAACCUUUUAAGUGUGACCAAUGUGACAUUGCCUUUAAUGGUGCUGGCAUGUUGGCUACACACAAAAGAAAGCACACAGGAGAAAAACCUUACAGAUGUAAUGAAUGUGGUGAAACAUUUCGGCUUCUGUCUACCUUGAAAAGUCACCGACGUAGGCACACAGGAGAGAAACCAUUUGUGUGUGAGGUGUGUGGUGCCUCAUUCACCCAAAGAGCAGCCAUGCAGCGUCACAAGAGAAUUCAUUCCAAUCAGAAGCCAUGGAAAUGUGAACAGUGUGGAUAUAAAUUUCGAGAAAAAGAGAAUCUGAGAAAACAUAUUGCUCUUCAUCAGAUAAAACUGCAACAUACAUGUAACAUAUGUGGUUCAGGUUUCAAUCAGGCUAAGAAAUUAGAGAUUCAUAAAAUGCUUCACAAUGGUGGAGAUAGACCGUAUCAGUGCAAUAAAUGCCCGUCCACUUUCACUAAUCCCAAAUACUUGGCGCAGCAUAAAAAACGUGUUCAUGACAGAAAGGGAUCAAUACGUUGUGAAGAGUGUCAUAAAACAUUUAAAAGGAAAGAGAUUCUGCGGUCUCAUUUGAGAAUACACAAGGGUGAACGACCAUACGUGUGUGAGGAAUGUGGGGCUGCAUUUAAUCAGAGAGGAACACUAACAAAACAUAUUCGUAAUCACACUGAGCGACCAUACGCAUGUGAAGAAUGUGGGGCUGUAUUUACUCAGAGGGGGACACUAACAAAACACAUUCGUAAUCAUACCAACAGUGUUUCGAUUUGUGAGAAAAAAAGUGAUGAAAAUUAUGUUGAGAUUUCUGCUGUGGAUCAUAAACUGGAUGACAUCAAGACUGGUGAUGUCUCAUUACGUUGCCCAACUUGCAAUGUCAGUGUCUCAACUCAGGAGGAGUUAGUGCGGCAUAAGAGGACAAGUCAUCCAUCACUUAGAACUGCACAAAAUAAUUCUGGGUCUGAGCAAGAAGUUGAUGAUAGUAGCGAGCAUAUUAGGGAUAAGUAUGUGUGUGAAGAGUGCGAUCAAAUAUUUUUCCGAAGACGACAGCUUAAGGCGCACAAAAAAUAUUGUCCAUGUAUCUGUUCAACCCGUCAAUCAGGGCCCUCUAAGCAUACAAACAUUAACACAGCUUUUCAGAGUGAUACUACUAAAGAAGUGGAUGCCAUGAAACUUCUAACAGCAGCAUUAGCAGUGACAGAUAGUGAGGUAAGUGAUAGUCUUGGGUAUCAGAAUUCUGUUGGUCGAGGUCAGCUAUCUUCGGCCUCCUCAGUGGAACACUCUUUGGAACGUUACCCCUCUCCCCCUUCUGUCCCUUCUGCAGUAGAGCAACCUCAUCGUUACUCCUCACCUCAUCUCCCUACAGGUGAUUCUCUCUUUCCUCAUCAUGUUAACAUACAUCAACCACAGAAUCGUAUACAUCAACCAUCACAGCAAGAGGUGCAUCUGUCACAACCAUUGCAACAAAAUCAGUUACAGCAGCCUCUGCAAGACCAUCUACAACAAUUGCCACAUCAAAUGACUUUGCAACAUUUAUCCCAAAGUAAUCUGUCGCACUUGUCAGACCAGAGUGAUCAGUUGCAGCAUUCACCACAAAGUAAUAUGUCACAGUCACCUCAUCAGCAUGAUCAUAUGCAACAUUCAGAUCACCUACAGCCUUUAACACAAGAACAUAACUCGCUUCAUCAGUCAUCACAACAACAUAAUCAUCCACAGCAAUCAUCACAAGACCCUGUUCAUCAAUUACCACUACAGCAUGAACAUUUACUGCUGUCUUCAAGAGAACAGAGUCAUUUACAGCUGCCUUCAAGACCACAGAGUCACUUACAGCAGUCUUCAAGAGAACAGAGUCACUUACAGCUGCCUUCAAGAGUGCUGAGUCAUUUACAGCUGUCUUCAAGAGAGCUGAGUAAUUUACAGCUACCUUCAGGAGAGCAGAAUCAUUUACAGAUGCCUUCAAGAAAGCAAGGUCAUUUACAGCUGCCUUCAAGUGAGCAGAGUUGUUUACAGCUGUCUUCAAGAGACCAGAGUCAUUUACAACAGAUACCAAGUCAAGUGCCUAAUCCAGUUCACUUGCAACAACCUCCAAAACAGCACAGCAGUAAUUUGCAACGAUCCUUAAAAGAGAACAGUCGAGUUCAUCAGACUGGUAAAAGUAAUUUACAGCAAUCUUCAGGACAGCAAAAUCACUUGCAGCAUCAUCCACAACAGCAAGAACAAACUCAGCAGUCAUCUCAUGGAUCAGACCAGUUUCAUCAGUCUCUUAGACAAGACCAUUUACAAAAUCAUCUUCACUUUUAUGAAAUAGUGCAACAGGAGUUUUAUAAAGGAAGUUCAUCAUCACUUUCCAGUCAGCAAAUUCAUCACCACACCAGGCAGCUACAAUUGCUUGAUCAGCCAGACCAAAAUGUAACUUCUGAAGAGGACUGUCUUCACCAAGAAUUUCAACAGGAUCUUCAAGAAAAUCUUGAAGAUUGUGAUGAUUUUGUUCCAAACAUGCAUCACCAAGAGCAACAGGAACCAGAUUAUUGUGAUCAGCACUUGCAUCACCUACAUGAACCAAAACACGAAGAACUUAGCGAGACUGAGCAUGACGGUCGAUACCAUCGCAGUCCCCAUUGCCAUCAUCCAUCUUCUCCUUUGGAAAAUACUAACAGCGUAAAAUUUUUAGACAUUCUUAGCUAGGUUUCACCUGAGCAAUUAAUACAAUAAACAAAAUAUCAAGAUUUAAAGGGUUCAGUAUCUAAUUAUUGGUACUCUGAAUUAGAGAAAAAUUAUGAUUGGUGACAGUCACAGUGAUUUGUUCAAGCAGUACAUGUAUGAAAAUCUAUAUUUAAUUGCAUUGUAAAAGUUGUGUAGAUUAAUGUACGAAACUUAAUUCGGUAAAAUAUUAUUUUUUUAAGUAGGUGUGAAUGGUGAUGUUUUAUAUUCUAAAAGAAAAGAACUUCACUGUAUACUAUGGCAGCUGCAAUGUCUUUUUUUUAUGGACAGAAGCUCCAUUGAUAUUUAUUAUUUUAGAUAUAAAAACAAUUAUUGAUGUACUGUUUGAUAGUUGUUGGGUAGUUUUGUUAUUUAGUUUAUGGAAUGAUUAUAGCUUUUGGUUUAGGAUAUUUAAGUGCCUCAAAUGGUAAGUAGGAAGUGUGUGAAUUUGUUCCAUUACAACUGCAGCUCUGCCAAAAAAGAGCUUUUUAUUAUCAUGAGAAAAAACAUUGAAAAAUAUACAAUCACAGAAGGGUCCUGUUAUAUGGCCACCUUGGAACAUGGAGUAGGUCUGGUAACCGAAAAAUGUUAACUACUUGAAUUCAUUGAUACUGUAUUUAUUUGAGAAAAAUAGGAAUGCAUUCCAGACAGGUGAAUGUAUUUUUUUUAUAGGGGAUCAUACUUCCUUGGUAGGAAAUGGCUGCUGUAUUAAAAGUCAUAAUAAUAUUUUUUUUUUUAACACUGGCCAUCUCCCAAGGUAGGGUGACCCAAAAAUGAAACACUUUCACCAGAGGCACUCAGAUAUGACAGUUCAGAUGAUCCUCAAAACAACAAUAAAUACCUUUGACGGGUUCCAAGAGUUUUUCUACUUCUAGAGCCUGGCCAUGAGCCAGGUUAGUUUGGUGCUUGCCUGAUCAACUAUUGCUGUUGGUGGCCUACACCUCCCACAUAUCCAUCACAGCCUGGUUGAUCUUCAAAGUUCUUUUCAACUUUUCCUCAUGGCACUUGUUUGCUGUUGGUUUCAUGGUCAUAUUUAACCUUAGAUGGAGUUUACCACCUGCUUUGGGAUGCACUAUCAAGCAACCCAACUCUAUGGUUUAAUAGAUAUUAAAAUAUAAGCACUGCAAAUUAAUACAAAUAAAAAUAAAAAAAAUUUCCCCAUAACAUUUAUGCAGGCUUUCUGAAGAUCCCACAAAUGCAGAGAAUGAUUUUAUAACUGAUACUGACUUGCCAGAUCAAGUGUGACCAUCUACCCACCUUUCUGUCCAAGGUCCAUGUCUCAACACCUUCACCUCUUUCCUGUCUAUCAUCGCUCACCUCUGCUAUGCAGUGCUGAUUGACCCUUACAGAUGCAGCACUUUCCAUGAAUAUAAUUGUAAAUCCUCUAUUAUGUCACUGUCCUACAGUCAUAUCUGGUUUUAUGGGCACUCACAUACAUGCAAGAGCUAAAUGUGCCUCAGAAAUGGUGUGAAUUCUUUUCAGAUAUCUAAGUAUUUAUUAGUUACUUCAGGCCUACCCACCACCUUUAGGGAAGAUUCCUGAUACAAACAAAGCUAGAUAUUUCAUCAGUACCCCUAGACAAGAAAGUACAGUUAGGUAGCUCUUUGGUCUCAUGAUUAGUGGACAGAGUAUCAACCUUCAAUCACCCCUUAAAAUGAAUGACCCACAUCACUUUAAAGCUGCACAUAAAUAAUAAUAAUAAUAGUACUGCAAUAAUAACAAUAAUAAUAAUAUGUGCCUCUAUGUCCAUAAAUCUUUACCCUUCUGCUGAAAAGUUUGAUCUUUUAUAACAUUUCUCUCCUGGACCUUGCUGUCAUGACCUUCAGAGGUGUUUUUUUUCUCCUUGCAUAGUGCAGUAGCAUAUUUGAAAAAAUUCCAGUCAUCAUGUGAAACAAAUUAUUAUGCCCUCAAAGUAUGUCUGUGGCAAUGUCUUUUUGAAAAUACCGUAGCUAAUAAUUCAUUAUUCCCGUUUCAUUUUUUCUGUAAUCUAUUUCUUAAAAACUAAAUUAGCUGAUACCAUUAUCCAAAUGGCUCAUGGCAGUUGUAAAGAAUUAUCAAGCUGCUUUAUGAACCAUGAUUGCCGAGUCAUAACAUGAGGCAGAAUUAGGUACUGUAUUUAUAAAUCUCAUUUAGAGAUUUUAUUGAUGUUACUAUCUUUCUAGAAACUGAGAUUGAAAGCUGUGCAGUAUCUCCUGCAUUUGGACUGUUAAACCAAAGUGGUGAAGAUAUAAUUUAUUCAGUGUGUAGUAUGUAUGUAUGUAUGUG